AUGCGUAACCUUGUGUCUUUAAACAGAGGCCGUAUCACUCCAACAUCCACCACUGCACCGGACUUGCCCGUGCAAAAUGCAUGUUUUGACCCGGUUAAUGAUUCAAUUACAGUGGUACUAGGUCCAAAUAAAGAAUUUGGUAAUGUUUUAGAAGUUCAACAAUUUCAAAGAAAUGGUCAAGUGCAAAUCCUAGCUUCAUUCCCAUGUUCCGAGGGGGAAUUGAUCUCAUUUGUGCAUUUUGCUGAUUCAAAUCAAUUGGUGUUCAUAAUAUCAAAUGGUGAUAUCAUAACUGCAACUUAUGAUGGAUUUAAUGAAAUUAUUGAUCCAGAUCAAACCAUUGUGGAGAUUGUUGGGUCUAUUGAUUCGGGGUUACAAGCUGCCUCAUGGUCUUCUGAUGAGGAAACUUUGGUCCUUGUGACAAAUUCUCACACUGUUAUUUUGUUGAGUAGAUUAUUUGAACCAAUUGCUGAAUCAACUUUACAAGAAUCUGAUUCAAAUUUAUCAAAUCAUGUUGAUGUUGGGUGGGGUUCCAAGGAGACUCAAUUUAAAGGUAAGGGUGCUAAAGCCCUUGAGCGAGAUUUGAUUCAAAAAUUGGAUUUGGAAAGAGAUGAGUUUAAAAAAGAUCCAACAAUGCCAUUAUAUGUUGAUAAAGGUGAAUUGUCUCAAUUUGAUUCAAAUUUAGCCGAGAUCUCAUGGAGAUUUGAUUGUGAAUUCUUUGCAAUCUCAACAAUUGACAAGAUUAAUAAUGUUGAUAGAAGAAUGAUUAGAAUUUUCACAAGAGAUGGUGUAUUACAAAAUGUUUCUGAACCUGUUGAUGGGCUGGAAAAUCAUUUAUCUUGGGGGAAUUUAAUCUCUUCAAUUCAAAGAAGGGAAGAAUCUUUAGAUUUAGUAUUUUUCGAAAGAAAUGGGUUGAGACAUGGUGAUUUUGAUACAAGAUUACAACUAAAUUCUAAAAUUGAUAAAAUCUUGUGGAAUUCAACAAAUGAAAUCCUAGCUAUAUUAUCAAAUAAUAAAAUUUUCAUAUGGGUAACUAAAAAUUAUCAUUGGUAUUUGAAACAAGAAAUUGAUUCAAUUGAAAAUUUAAAUUUCAUUAAAUGGCACCCGGAAAAACCUCAAACUUUGUUAGUUGGUACUGAUUCCAAAAUUGAAAUUAUUGAUUUUGCCUAUAAAACCACCAUCGGUCCUUCAAUAGUCCCAUUAGAUAUCGGUAUGAAUAUAGUGAUUGAUGGUAUGACUGUUAAUAUCACUCCAUUAUCAAUAGCAAAUGUCCCACCUCCAAUUUCUUAUCGUGAUUUUGAUGUUGAUGAUAAUGUAUUGGAUGUUGCAGUUAGUCGAUCAAAUGAACUUUUUGCAACUCUAACAAACAAUAAAAUUUACAUUGCAAAUCUUGAUCUAGAGGCAAUGCAAAAUGGCCGUCAUCCUGAAAUUAUCUCCACAUUGUCAAAAUUGGAAUUUGCAACGUCUGAUGAAUUCCCAAGACAAAUAGUAAUGGCAAAUGAUGACCUUGUUGGUGUGUUACUAGAUGGUGAUAGUGGGAUUUCAAGAAUUAUUCUAAUUGAUGUCUCAAAUCCAAAUGAUCCAUUUGUUAAAUCAAGUAUUGAUAGUUCUUUGAAAAUCGUUUUAAUUAAAGCUCAAGCUGAUUGGAAUAAUAUAAGUUAUGAAACUGUCGAUGGUGGUGUUCAUAAAAUUAUCAAAACUUACAAUUCUGAAUUACAAGAUGAUGAUUUUUCAAGUGUUGAAAUUACUAAAUUCCCUCAAUUAUGUUAUGAUUAUGAAUUAACCACUAUUAAACAAAAUGAUUCUGAUGAAUAUGAAUUUGAAAAUAAUUGGCAAGAUGAACAGGAAAAAAAUUCUUCAGUUGCAUUUGGUAUCUCGUCAAAUGGUAAAUUGUUUGCUAAUGAUGUUCAAUUAGCUGGUGCAGUUACCUCUUUGAAAAUCACUGAAGGUCACUUAAUAAUAACAACUGCUCAACAUACCCUAAGAUUUAUCCAUUUAAAUACAACAAAUUUCAAGCCUUUAAUUGAAUCAACAGAUGCUACAAGUGAUGAAAGAGUGCGUCAAAUUGAAAGAGGUUCAUUGUUGGCUAAUGUUAUUCCAUCAAAAUCUGCAGUGGUUUUGCAAGCUCCAAGAGGUAAUUUGGAAACAAUAAAUCCAAGAAUAAUGAUUUUACAAGGUGUUCGUAAAGAUAUUAAAGCCAAAAAUUAUAAAAAUGCAUUUAUAACUUGUCGUACUCAUAGAAUUGAUCUAGAUAUUUUACAUGAUUAUGAUCCUGAUGCGUUUUUCCAAAAUGUUGAAUUGUUUAUCAAUCAAAUUGAAAGAGUUGACUAUUUGGAUUUAUUUGUUUCUUGUUUAAAAGAGGAGGAUGUUGCAGCUACAAAAUAUAGAGAAACUUAUUCAGAUGAGGAGCUAGAUGAACAAGUUAUUGCAAAUCAACAAAAUCAAAACCAACAACAACAAUACUUUCCAAAGAAAAAAUGGAUUGAUCCAAAAGAUUCAAAAAUUAAUAAAAUUUGUGAAGCAAUCUUGAAAGUGCUGUUAACUCCAACUCAUAAAGAUAAAUAUUUACAAACAAUCAUUACUGCCUUUGCUUGUGAAAAACCAGCCAAUUUAACAGAUGCAUUAUCAUUAAUUAGUAAUUUUGAAAAUAAAGAAGAUGCUGAAAAAGCCACAAUUCAUUUAUGCUUCUUACAAGAUGUUAAUGUGUUGUACAACACUGCAUUAGGUCUUUAUGAUAUCAAAUUAACUUUAGCAAUUGCUCAACAUUCCCAAAAAGAUCCAAAAGAAUACUUGCCUUUCCUACAAAAUUUACAUUCUCAAACAGAAUUACGUCGUAAAUUUUUAAUUGAUACCCAUUUGAAAAAAUUUGAAAAAGCUAUUCAACAUCUUGCAGAGAUUAUUCAAAAUGAUGAUCAAAUCACUGAAGAAUUUCAAAAUUAUGUUGUUGAUCAUGAAUUAUACAAGGUUGCAUUGGGUAUUUACAGAUAUGAACAUGAAAAGCAAAAUGCUAUUUUGGAUUUAUAUGCUAAAAAUUUAUAUUCAAAACAAGAAUAUAUUGAAGCUGGUAUCACAUAUGAAUUAUUGGGUAAAUUAGAUGAUGCUCUAGAAGCUUACAUCUUGGGACAAAAAUGGAGAGAAGCUUUAGCAAUUACUGAAAGAGAGGAAUUUAAAAGUCAAAUGGAGGAAACUGCAGAAAGAUUAGUUACAAGUUUAACUGAAAAUCAUAAAUAUUCCGAUGCUGCCACUAUUGAAUUCAAAUUCUUAAACCAUAUUGAAGAAGCUGUUAGAUUAUAUUGUAAAGAAUAUUUUUAUGAAGAAGCUAUUUUGUUAGCUCAAAAGGAGAAGAGAUCAGAAUUGAUUGAAGAUAUUGUUGAUGUUUCACUAGGUGAUGGGUUUGGUACAAUUGCUGAAUUGAUUGCAGAUUGUAAAGGUCAAUUAACUUCACAAUUGAAACGUUUAAGAGAAUUGAGAACCAAGAAAGCUGAGGAUCCAUAUGCAUUUUUCGGUCAAAUUGAAGACUCCGAUGCAGCUGAUAAUGUUUCUGUUGCUCCUUCUGAAACUUCAACAAAAGAAUCAUUCUUUACAAGAUAUACCGGUAAGACUGGUGGUACUGCCAAAACAGGAGCUUCAAGAAGAACUGCAAAGAAUAAAAGAAGAGAAGAACGUAAACGUGCUCGUGGUAAGAAAGGUACUAUUUAUGAGGAAGAGUAUUUGGUACAAUCUAUUGGUAGAUUAAUUGAAAGAUUGGAUCAAACAAAACCUGAAGCUAUUAGAUUGAUUGAAGGUUUAUUGAGAAGGGGUAAAAGAGAACAAGCUUAUCAAGUUCAAAAAAACUUUGUUGAAUUAAUUGAAGAUUUAAGAGCAAACAUUGUUGAAAUCUAUAACAUUAGUGAAAAAGAUCGUGAAAGAAUUGAUGAAAAUGGUGAAGUUUAUUAUAUUCCUGAAAUACCUGUUCCUACGAUAACGGACUUCCCAAAAAAGGCAACAUUGGACUUUUAA